GCUGGCUUCGUGCAAGGCGGUUAGUUGAACAGCCCACAACUUUUAAGCAGACCAGUGAUGUACUGACUAUAGGUAUGUAGCUUGUUCGGUCAAUUACCGCCCAGGAGCUUUUGCCGAGUACGUCGUCAUUGACUAUGACCUCACAUGGAAUAUUCCCAUCGGGUGUAGAGAUCCAAUAUCAAGGCGUCACAAUCCCGGCCAAUCCCGAAGCCCGUGACUUUGCAACGCAAUUCUACAACUAUCUUGGAUCAGAAGCUCCGUUGGGAAAAGUCAAUUUGCAGGCAAACCCGGUUCGUCUGAUGCCAGGGAGACUCGAGAACAUAGCAUCGGAAGGCAUCCCGCUCCUUGGGUCGAAGCAAGUCAAUGAGCCGCCGAAGGACCACAUGCGUCCUAUCAGUGGAGAGAAGGUUGUCUAUACUGUUGUUUAGGUGCUUUCUUUGAGUAGUCGGCCCUAAAUGUAGGCAUGUUAGAUCUCAGCGGCUUUGAGCUCUACUCCCAUGUGAACA